AUGAACCUCUGGCUCGAUUUCACUGCAGACCCAGAGAAUGGGUUUGAAUAUUACCAAACCUCCCUUGGUUCUCCGGCUCCAACUCAUGAGAUGAUCAAGUCGUACAUUCGCUGGUAUGCAAGUUCUACCCAGGGGCGACUGAACGAUGAUGGGCUACCUACGUAUGAUAAGGCGAGAAAAGUAUUGCUCGAGGAUAUACACGCAUGGAAUGCCCUUUUGGGGAUCUUGACGGAUAUUCUGAAAGACCCGACCUUACAGAGCACCUAUUAUUUUAUUGAUGCGCUAGACGAAUGCGCAGCAGGCCUACCUUCCCUUCUUGACUUGAUUAUUUAG